AUGCGCUGGUACAUCGGCGGCGGGUACCUGGCCUUUACCAUCGGCUGCAGCGUCGCGUACUUGGUGCUCGUCGCCGAGAGUCUGACCAACGACCUCUUCUGGCCCGACUUUGAUCCGGUCGGCGGCCAGCUCUUGCUCGUCGACUUGUUUCACCGCCUGCGCCGCGCGGACUCGUUCGACUUGUACGCAACGCCGAUACUCAAGACGUACAACACGCCGUCCGCUGCGAGCGAGAUGCUCUCGACGACGCCGCGUGCGAUCGCGCUCUCCCAACUGACCUCGAUCGAAGACGCGAUUCUUGGCUUUCGGACGCUUGAUGCAGCGUACAGCUUGCACUUGAUGUCGCAGUACUGCUUUGUGGAUUUGCAUCGGCGCUGGGAGCUCGCGCACACGGCCGCACGCCAAGCGCGGUGCAAUCAAGGCUCGUUGGCGGUCAAUGGCGCCGUGUACCUCGAGACUCUCUUGCGCAACGUCGAGUGGGAGAGCUGGAUCGUUGUGUUCGCGACAAGCUUCCAACUCGCGAUUGCCGACGAGCUAGAGCGGUCUCACGACGGUAUCAAGUGGCUGCAAUCGGUGCAGAACGCGUUCGAGUCGGUCUCGGUCGAAGCACGCUACUGGCGCGCACACGGCAUCCAGCGGUACCAGCUGCAGUGGAGCAAUGAUGUCCAGUUCGGCUUGCGCGAAACCAUCUCGCUCAUCAACGCCCUUGGGACGGUUCAGGAGCUCACAACGUACAAUUUACCGUUUACCCAUCGAGGCUCGUUGUGGACUUCGUUCUACCAGCAGUGGGGUUUCUUUGACGAUCUCUGGGCGGCCUCGGUUGUCAACGGCAGCUUGGUGCGGAGUGCGGCGAAUUUCAUGGGCCACCACUCGAGCAUGGAGGCGCUCGCAGCGCUGUACCCAUUCACACGCAGCAGCAUUUGCAUCCACGACACCGUGGGCCCUUUUGUGUCGACCGACAUGUACCUAGUCCCACCGCCCGCCUCGCUACUCGACGCCGUCAGCGCACUUGAAGCCAGUGUGUCGAUGCGCAUCAACGCUGCGGCGUUUACGCAGCUACUACCUCAAGUGCUCGACCCGAUUCCAAUGACGUGGCGCCAUGAGGACGCGAUUUUCUUUGGCGGGAAUCCCUUUUGCGCGCUCACCCCCGGCGCCUCCUUUGUUCAAAAGUCGUUUGCAUUUGACGCGACGUGCACGGCCAUGACGCCGGCGUCCGUGGUCGUCUCGCCAAUGGCCGCGGCGUUUGCUACGGCGGUGGAUGACGCACCGCGCGUGGGCUGCGACGCCUGUCGCACGCUGGCGCCUGCGUGUCGUGAGUUAUUAUCGCACGUGGUCCAUCUCGUGCAGGACGCCAAUGUGUCGGCGCCCGACAUGUCGCUUGUUCAGGCAGCCAUUGCGGACCUCGGUGUCGAGGUUAUUCAGUUUGCACUUCUCAACACCAGCCACAAUCAUACUGCCUUGCGCCAACCGCUUCUCGGGAAAGGCUGGACGUUUUUUGGCUACAUUAUGCUCUACGAGUGGGCGAUCGGGCACCGCGAAGUCGUGUCAUUCCAAGGCGACGUCACGACGUUUGUGCUCAUGUCGGAGCCGCUCGCGCCGCUGCCGCUGGCCUUGAGCGGUAGCGAGAUCCCUUAUAGCACGAGUCGGUACUUCUGGCAGCUCGCGGUCAUUACCACGAUCGGAUUGACCGGUCUUGCGCUUAUGCUGCUCUUGCUGGGCGCGCGCCACUGGAGGAACUCGGCCAUCUUGCGCUUCAACCGGAUUGCCGCCCCAGUUUGGCUAGGGCGGCCACUCCUCCUCGUCCGUAGCAUCACGGGGAUCAUGGUGCUGAGCACGGCCCCCAUUGCCUUUGACGCGUCGCCAGGCCGCGCCACAUUUUGCGCAUCGCCCCGCUCAGUCCCGGCAACGCUGCUGAUUGCUGGCGAAGCCGUGUGGCUGACGUACGUCGCCACGGACCUUUGUGUCAUCGUGACAGAACCUUUUACAAGAUACUAUGCCCCGCUGAGUAGCCUCCUCAGCUGGAUCGCCAUCGUUUCCCUCGAAAUGACGCUGCCCGUGAGCCCCAAGGUGUCCGUCGCGCAGGUCUGCACGCGCACGAAUGUCAAUGUGCUGCUCACGUGCUCGAUUGGCACGGUCCAUAUUGGGUCGCUCACCCGCGCGCUGGUCAUCGCGCUUCUGCAAGUCGCGUCGCUGCUUGUGGCGUAUGCAAUCGUACGCCUGGCCCUACGACGCCACCCUCCACCGCCACCUCCGAUGGCGUCGUACAUUGUGCCUGCGAGUCUUGCGGCGUUUGCUGACGCCCCUCUUGACGCGUGGGCCAUGCACCGCGUCGUGGCGCUCCUCAGCGGGUCCUUGCGACUCCAGCCGCACUGGUUCUUUGAUGUCAUCCAAGACACGCUGGUCGAGAUACCGAGCAGUCGACUGCACCGGAUCAAGCGGCGUGUGACGCUUGGCGUUGGGCUCACGUACCUUGUCGCGACCGUCGGCGGCAGUCUCUCGUACCUCGAGCUCUCGACCGUGAGCUUGGCCAACGACUUUUACUGGGCGACCUUCAAUACCACCGGUGCACAGACAUAUGUGGCCAACUGGUUCAACCGGUACCUCUACAUGACGCCGACGCUACUCAGCGCUUCGCUUGCCAAUGACGCGUACGGAGACACGACCAACUAUGGCGACGCAUCGGCCGUCGUUGCCUACUCGCUGCUCUACGCCAAGAAGAUACAGUUCGAGGUCGCCAGUGAUUUGGCGCUGGCGAUUCAUGGGCUUCGGCAGACCGACCCUUGUCUGAUUCCUUGGAUCACCACGCAGUAUUGCUGGUUGGACUUGGAUCGUCGCUGGGACAUGGCCAACUCGAUCAAGCGACAAGCGCGUUGCGAGAUGUUCUAUACGACCAACGCAGCAGUUUAUCUUGAGGCACCGCUGAGAAAUCUCAAGUGGCCAGACUUUGAAGCUUGCUGGGGCGCGUCGUUCGAUAUGGCCUUUGGCGCAGACCUCCUGCACGAUAUAUCAGGACGUACGUGGCUAGCGACGGUUCAGUCGAAUGCCAACUCGGAGUUGGAUGAAGUUGUCUACUGGCAGUCGAAAGGCCUACUGACGUACACGGUGCAGUGGCAAAGCUACAAAAAGAUAGGGCUCGUCGACACCUUCGCGAUCGAAAAUGCCUUUGGCCUGACGUAUGCGCUCACGCUCAAGGCGACAAGAGGGCUCUUUCAUAUCGCUACCGAGACGUCGAUGAAGAUGUACUGGGGCUUGGCGAGUGAUCUCUGGGCGAUUGCCACCAACGGCUCGGGUGUCACCGGUCGAUCUCUGCUUCGUUCGAGUUCUUAUUUUGCCUUUGCCAAUACGACGCCCGAGGCCAUGUACGUGGUCAAUAGUACACUCUCGUCGCCACGCGAUGCGGCGCUUGGCGCCUUGGAAACAUUCCUGGGGCCGUUUGGAUCCGUGGAUCUGCGCUACGUCUCGCCACCAGCACGGCUUUUGCGUCUACAACAAUCGGUUCUUGAAGCCCUAAGCGUUGCCUUGGUCGCUGGCGAGAACCGGGACGCGGCGCAGGCAGCGUACAGUCGCAUGAGUGUUCUUGGUGUGCUCGUGCCGCGGCCACUGGCGCUGGACCCCUCUCGGGUCGCGUGCCUCGGCGGCAGUCUUCUCUGCGGUGCGGUGCCUCGGGCCAUGAACUUUUCAUUAGGCAUGGGUAGCUUCUUUGGCGCGGAUGCAGCGUGCAGAACAGGCUACAACGAAUGGAGCUUCGUCUUCAAGCGCCAGCUCAUCUUCGCUGCGGUCGCGUCGAGCCUUGCCCAGCACAUGCCUUUCGCAGCCAGCACGGCGUGUUUGUCGGAAGCGAUCAAUCCGGUUGGUUGCCACACGUCUCUCAUUAGCGUUAGUGCCUUUGUGAGCACCUACUUUACAGGGGCAGAGUUGCGAUCAUGGGAAGCGCAAGCCGUACGCGUGUCCGAGGAUGUAGCGGCGCUACAGGUGGCGAUCACUCAGUUCACCGAGGACGUUUCCGGCGCCAAGCUCUUCCAUCAGCGUCUGUUUGCACCCGAAGAUCCAACGAUGCAAUUUACCUCCUGGACAUUUGCGUACGAUUGGGCGAUCGGCGUCCGUGAAGUCGUUGCUUUCGAAGGUGACGUCGCGUCGGUCACCGUCCUCUCGUCACCAAAGCCCGUGUCCACGACCGCUGCGAGCCCCUAUGAGCUGCCAUCGAAUGUGGCCGUGUACUUUCGAGCGCUGUGCCAAUACAUUUCGCUCGUGCUGCUGCUGCUGGCUCUGCUCGCUGCCGUCUACACGGUCCUUAACGGCUUUACGAGCGACGGGCGCAACCUCUGGAAGAUCAACCGCGUCGGUGGCAUGGUUUGGGUCGGUCGCCCACUCCUCUUUCUUCGAAGUGUCACCGCGCUUUGCAUUUUGAGCAGCGCCGACCUCUCGCUGCAGCGCAUUGGGACCGUCUCUCGGCUCGUGACUAGGGACGUCACGCCACUUACCAUCGUCACCAAGGUGCUCGUCGCCGGCGAAGGCUGCUGGCUUGCGUACAUUGCCUGUGAUAUCUGCAUGGUCUUUACGAGAGAGUACACGGCGUCGUAUGCCGGCAAAGCUGCUAUCGCAGUGUGGGCCCUCGCUGCACUCUUAAGUGUCUUUAGCCCUGUCACGCACCACGCCUCCAUUGACCGUCGCUGCACCGUGGUAACGACCGACUUGCAGCUCACGUGUGCAAGCGGUGUCGUGACCAUUGGCAGCCGCUCACGUCUUCUAAGCUUGGCGCUGAUUGCGCUUCUAGCGCCGUUCCUUCUCUACCUCCACAACCGCUUGCGCUAUGCGAUGUCUCCACCCAGAUUUCGGCCGUCGUACAUGCUCUCUUGCGGCGCCGAGUGCCUCUUUGCAACAGACGGGUGGGUGGCCGGGGGCGUGCGCUACGUGGACUUUGCGUCAGCAGCGCUCACGGGGCUACUCGUGCUCCCGUACAAGCACCGUAUUUACGUGUUUGAUAUCAAAACGUGGCGGCUUCUCGUGCUGGAUAGCACCGCACCCAUUGAGAGGGUCUCUGGUCAAGUCCACCUCUUGCGCGCUCUUCCGUGUGUCGAGUAG